GCGGUGCUGCGCCCGCCUCCCUCGCUCCCUCCCUCCCUCCCUCCGCCAUGGCGCUGCUGCUCUCCCGCCGCCUCCUGCCCGCCCCGCGCCUCGCCGCCCGCCGCAGCUCAUGGUGGUCCCAUGUGGAGAUGGGUCCCCCCGACCCCAUCCUGGGGGUGACAGAAGCUUUCAAACGGGACACCAACUCCAAGAAGAUGAACCUGGGGGUGGGGGCAUACCGGGAUGACAACGGGAAGCCGUACGUCCUGAGCUGUGUUCGCAAGGCCGAGGCCAUGAUAGCAUCCAAGAAGAUGGACAAGGAGUACCUGCCCAUUGGGGGGCUUGCAGAUUUCACCCGGGCAUCCGCAGAGCUGGCGCUGGGGGAAAACAGCGAGGCCUUCAAGAGCGGCCGGUAUGUCACUGUGCAGGGCAUUUCUGGGACUGGAUCUCUGCGAAUCGGAGCCAACUUUUUGCAACGGUUCUUCAAGGCCAGCCGUGAUGUGUAUCUCCCCAAGCCAUCCUGGGGCAACCACACCCCCAUUUUCCGGGAUGCUGGCCUGCAGCUUCAGGCUUAUCGCUACUACGACCCCAAGACGUGCAGCCUGGACUUCUCUGGAGCCAUGGAUGACAUUUCUAAAAUUCCAGAGAAGAGCAUCAUCCUCUUGCAUGCUUGUGCUCACAACCCCACUGGGGUGGAUCCCCGGCAGGAGCAAUGGAAGGAACUGGCAGCUACAGUGAAGAAACGGAACCUCCUGGUGUACUUUGACAUGGCCUACCAGGGCUUUGCCAGCGGGGACAUCAACCGGGACGCCUGGGCUGUGCGGUACUUCAUCGAGCAGGGCAUCGACGUCCUCCUGUCACAGUCCUAUGCCAAGAACAUGGGGCUGUAUGGGGAACGUGCUGGUGCCUUCACGGUGAUUUGCCGCGACGCCGAGGAGGCCAAGAGGGUGGAGUCUCAGCUGAAGAUCCUCAUCCGGCCCAUGUACUCCAACCCCCCCGUCAACGGAGCCCGCAUCGCUUCCAUCAUCCUCAACACCCCCGACCUCCGGAAGGAGUGGCUGGUGGAGGUGAAGGGCAUGGCUGACCGGAUCAUCAGCAUGAGGACUCAGCUGGUGUCCAACCUCAAGAAAGAAGGAUCCUCCCACAACUGGCAGCACAUCACUGACCAGAUCGGCAUGUUCUGCUUCACAGGGCUGAAGCCAGAGCAGGUGGAGCGACUGACCAAGGAGUUCUCCAUCUACAUGACCAAGGACGGACGAAUCUCUGUGGCAGGAGUCACGUCGGGCAACGUGGGUUACCUGGCCCACGCCAUCCACCAGGUCACCAAGUAGAGACAGAGGUGUGCCCUGGAGCUGGUGGCCUUCCCUUCUCCACCUGCCAAACAUGGGGAGGGGAAGGAAACGAGCAGAAUCCUCCCAACCACACCACCUCGACGCUGCUGCUGAAUGUAUCUUGUAGAUAAGUUGUUGUAGAAGCCUGGUCAAAACCACCCUGCCUUGUGGAGCAGGGACUUCAUUGCCAGCUCCCAUUCGUCACAGCCUUUCUCCCCUGCUGUCCAGCCUUUCUCCAUCAGCCCCAGCACCAUCUGCACUGGAAGAAGCAAAACGUUUAGCUCUGCCAUCUUCACUGGUGGAGGCACCAAAGGCUUCCCCACGCUCCUGUCUCCACCAGAAAAGCUUUCUGAGGCCUCUGGGUGGGCUGAGUGGGAGGGGGCUGCAUCCCUGCCCGCCUCCUCAGCUGGGCCCUGCUGCCAGCAGCCUCUAUCCUCCUCUCCUAGCCCGGAGCUGGGCAGGGCCAAAGCCAUUUCUUCCAACAACCAGCUCCGAGGACUUCUCAGUGCUAAAACUUGCUCCAUCAGCUUCUCUUCCUUCCAUCUGGGAAUCUCUGUUGAGGUGUAACUCCCAGUGAGGGUGUGUGGGGUGAGCCCCUGUCCCUCUAAACCUCCUGCUUCUCCUGACUUCACUCCUCUGCCCUGGAGGGAAAGAAUUCCUCACCUUCCCAGCUAAGAACCCCCCCCCUUGCAAACUGCUGUUGGUCUCUGCCUCUUCCCCUCCCAGCCCAGCCCUGUACCCCCAGCAGCCCUUCCUGCCACGUGGAGUGUCCCAAAGCCAUGUCCACCUUCACUGGAGGGUGCAGGGUGUUCCUCGCAUCUGGUGACAAGAGAAAACAGGAGGGAAAGAUCUUGAGGGAAGAGCUGACAACUCAAAAAAAAAACAUUCUGUCCUUUCAGACUGUCCCUGAGACCCUGUGACUGGCUGGACUUGGAUUUUUAAUCCAAAUAAAGUUGGCUCAUGGCUGUGUCGA